GGGAGAGGGCGAGCCCUUGCAGGGGGGCGGGGCAAGGCCGGUGCAAGCAGAGCCGGGCCAUAGGCUGACAGACAGCCGGGCCAGCGCAAGGGGCGGGGCGGGCCCGCGGCCACCUGGGUCCUGUCACAGUUAGAGGUGGCUUUCGGCGCUCAGUUCCCUGGGCACCAGCUGCACUGGCGGAGUCUGCGCGAUGGGCGACCCGGAAAGGCCGGAAGCGGCCAGGCCCGAGCAGGGUGAGAAGUUAUCUCCAGAUACCAACGAAGAUGAAGAGCCGCUGCUGAAGAAGAGUUCCCGCCGCUUCGUCAUCUUUCCGAUCCAGUACCCCGACAUAUGGAAAAUGUACAAGCAAGCACAGGCAUCCUUCUGGACUGCAGAAGAGGUUGACUUAUCAAAGGAUCUCCCUCACUGGAACAGACUUACAUCAGAUGAGAAAUAUUUUAUCUCUCAUGUCUUAGCCUUUUUUGCAGCCAGUGAUGGAAUUGUAAAUGAAAAUUUGGUGGAGCGCUUUAGUCAGGAGGUGCAGGUUCCAGAGGCUCGCUGUUUCUAUGGCUUCCAAAUCCUCAUUGAGAAUGUCCACUCAGAGAUGUACAGUUUGCUAAUAGACACUUACAUCAGAGAUCCCAAGAAAAGGGAAUUUUUAUUUAAUGCAAUUGAAACAAUGCCAUAUGUUAAGAAAAAAGCAGAUUGGGCCCUGCGAUGGAUAGCAGAUAGAAAAUCUACUUUUGGGGAAAGGGUGGUGGCCUUUGCUGCUGUAGAAGGGAUUUUCUUCUCGGGAUCUUUUGCUGCUAUAUUCUGGCUAAAGAAGAGAGGUCUGAUGCCUGGACUCACUUUUUCCAAUGAGCUCAUCAGCAGAGAUGAAGGACUUCACUGUGACUUUGCUUGCCUGAUGUUUCAGUAUUUAGUAAAUAAGCCUUCAGAAGAGAGGGUCAGAGAGAUCAUUGUUAAUGCUGUCGAAAUUGAGCAGGAGUUUUUAACAGAAGCCUUGCCGGUUGGCCUCAUUGGAAUGAACUGUAUUUUGAUGAAGCAGUACAUUGAGUUUGUAGCUGACAGGUUACUCAUGGAACUUGGAUUCUCAAAGGUUUUCCAGGCAGAAAAUCCUUUUGAUUUCAUGGAAAACAUUUCUUUAGAAGGGAAAACAAAUUUCUUUGAGAAACGAGUUUCAGAGUAUCAGCGUUUUGCAGUUAUGGCGGAAACCACAGAUAAUGUCUUCACCUUAGACGCAGAUUUUUAAAACCCUCUCCUAUUUUAAAACUCUGAAUCCAUCAUUGGUAAACAGCACCCUGGUUCCCUCUGCUCCCCACCCCCCCCAACCAAACCUGAAAUAUCUCCUUUAAGGGGGUGGGGAUUUGCUUAAAAAGGAAAUGCAAACCAAACUUCAGUCAUGUUUGCUUUAUAUCAAGACACUUGUGAUCUUCCUGUGUAACAGCAAGGAUGUGACCUAUAUUCACCGGAAUAUAAGAUGGCAUUGUAUGGUGAUUGACAGCAUGGGGUGAAGGGUCAGAUAUGCAUUUGAAAUCCUGUCCUUAUUCCUUUGUGUGACCCUUGGCAAGUCAGUUUUUCUGUCUCAGUGUUUUUAUCUUUUAAAUGGGUCUAAUAGUAGGUCUUAAAAGUGCAAUGUGGAUAUGAGAAUUAAGAUGGAAAAAUACCACAACCACCACCAUUUCUCAUUAUUGUGGUUAUUAAUAGUGUUAAUUACAGUAAUGUUGUGACAAAAUGCUCUUAUCUCCUUAAAGUAGUUGUGGUCUAAGAUCUAAGAUUUAGUGGACCUUUGCAUUUUCAAUAUUUGGGAGAAGAAUAUAAGGAUUUCCUUAAAAGGAAGGUAAUUCUCAUUAAUGUGAGAAAUAACUUCUUUGAAUUUCCCAGAAAGAAAUUAAGUUCUCUGUUGCUUUGGGAAGGAUACUUUCAAAGAAUCCAUAAGGUUUUCAUGGCAAUUGGCCUUAUAAACAAAAUAAUUCUUUGGAAAUUAUAAAUGUUCACUAUUGGCAGACUUAGCUCUGUGAUGUUUAGUCCUGGGAUGCAUCGGCUAGAACAGUGUUUCCUAGAGUAUUCUCAGAGCUAUUAGCCCUUCUGGAUACUUUGUGGGAAAUAAAGGAAUUUAGUGGUCAAAUGAGUUUGCAAAUGCUAUGUGCGCCAUUCCAGUUCAAUGUACAAUUAGUACAUUAAAGACUGAGAAAUUCUGCAGUAAACGUAUGUUAACCUGCUAUUCCAGACUUUCUUAACACAGAUAUGCUUUUCACCUGUUAACAUCUUAUCCUGCUGGUGUUGUUCAGAACGUAGGAUGGGGAACGCUGAUCAAGCACCCAUUAUACAUAGAGGAAGGGCUUAUGGACCAAGAAAGAAAGAACACGGUAGGGGUUAUUAAACUGUUCCAAAUUUUAUGCCAAGCUGAGGAAUGUGCCUGUGAUUGGCUUUGGCUUUGUUUCUUAGUUUAUCUCCUUAAAACUCUUUUACACUGUUAAAAGAGAGUUUUUCUUUUUAUUUUUUUAAAAAGAUUUAUUUAUUUAUAUGAAAGAGUUACAGAGAGAAAAAGAGAGGGAGAGACAGACAGAGAGAGAGAUCUUCCAUCCUCUGGUUCACUCCCCAGGUGGCCAAAUGACCAAGGCUGGGCCAGGCUGAAGCUAGGAGCCAGGAGCUUCUUCCAGGCCUCCCAUGUAGAUAGCAGGAACCCAAGUACUUUGGCCAUCUUCUGUUGCUUUUCCCAGGCUGUUAAGCAGGGAGCUGGAUCAGAAGUGGAACAGUCGGGACUCAAACUGGUCUCUUUGUGGGAUGCCCUCGCUGCAGGCGGUGACUUUUUCCCCUAUGCCACAGUGUUGGCCCAAGAGAGUUUUUCUAGUGGAACUAUGCGUGUUGCUGGGUAGCAGAUGGUAAGGGUGAUAGGGGUCUCUCGAAGAGACUGAGGGGAGGCCAGGAACCAAGGUUUCUGAGAAGUCUGUCCCUCUUUAAUUUUAGGAAGUAUGAUGAGGUCCCAUUAAGCAAGGAUUCCCCACUUGCAGCAAACUCUACUUUAUAAAGUUCUGGAAGUUAAAAUGUAGAGGUUUUCUCUUGGUGAGAGGUUUUUUUUUUUUUUUUUUCAUUUUUUCUGCAAUUAUCUAAUUGACCAAAACUGGGAAUUCUCAAGUGAAUGCGAAAGGAGAGCCUACCUAGUUAUUAGAGAAAAUAUCAGAAACCAGCACUGUUUGGUGUACGAUUGCACUGUCUGUGUGUUCAGGGCUGGUGUUUUUACAUUUCACUUUCUCUCACAAUAGCCUUAUGAACCUGAAGAACAGCUCUUGUCACAAUAUCACAGAUGGAGAGAGUGAGGCUCACAGAAGUUAAAGGACUUGGCCAAGAUCUCGUAGUUACUGCCCCUGCUGUAUAAUUUUGUGUUGAGGUUGUCAUGUCUUAUCUAGUUAGUUCUUUGCCAUCCAUCUUGAUUUGAUUUUUGGCUAUUCCCUCAUUAAUUAGAAUAUCAUAUAGUAUCACAGCAUUAAUGUAUAUGAAACUUUAAAGUAUCAAAAUACACAGAAACUUUUUGAAUUAUAUCCAGGUGAUAAGUUCAAAGAUACUUAUCUACUGCCAUACAAAAACUUAACAUUUAAAAUUGAUGAUAUCCAAGGGCAGGCGUCUGACACAGCAGUUAUGAUGCUGCUUAGAACACCUGCAUCCCAUAUCAGAGUGCCUGGUUCAGGUCCCUGCUCUGCCUCCAAUCCAGCUUCCUGCUACUACCUAUCCUGGGAGGGCAGCAGACGGUGACUUAAGUACUUAGAUUGCUGCCGUGCAUAUUAGAGAGCUGAAUUGAGUUCCUGGCUCCUGGCUUUGGCCUGGUCCAGCCCUGACUGUUGUGGGCAUUUGGUGAGUGAACCAGUGGACAGUAGAGGUAUUUGUCUGUCAAUCUUUCUUGCUUUGUCUUUCAAGUAAAAAAAAAAAAAAAAAAAAGCAUGUUAAAAAAAAAACAACUCUGCCAAUUUCUGUAAUAAGAUCACAAUGGAAGAAAAAUUUUAUAGAGCAUAUUCCUUUUGUUUUGAAUCUAAAUCUGUCUCAUAGAUCAUGACAGGUGCCUUAAUGUGAGGCUUAUUUAUAGUAGUGAUAAACCUAACUGCAUUUGGAUGAAGACGUCUUAAUAUAAAAUACUGGAUUUUAAUACACUGGUUUGUUACGGUUAGUGUUCUCUACCUUUUCUGGGCUUCCAGGUUGCACAUUUAUUUAUGAUGUUUGACACUGUAAUUCUUAGUUCUUAAUCAGCUGUGGAAUCUCUUUUUAAUAUUAUCUCACAGGUAAAGAAAAAAAAAGCAUGUGUACAACUGUUUUCUCUUUUUUUUUGACAGGCAGAGUGGACAGUGAGAGAGAGAGAGACAGAGAGAAAGGUCUUCCUUUGCUGUUGGUUCACCCUCCAAUGGCCGCCGCAGCCGGUGCGCUGCGGCCGGCGCACCGCGCUGAUCCGAUGGCAGGAGCCAGGAGCCAGGUGCUUUUCCUGGUCUCCCAUGGGGUGCAGGGCCCAAGCACCUGGGCCAUCCUCCACUGCACUCCCUGGCCACAGCAGAGGGCUGGCCUGGAAGAGGGGCAACCAGGACAGAAUCCGGCGCCCUGACCGGGACUAGAACUCGGUGUGCCGGCGCCGCUAGGCGGAGGAUUAGCCUAGUGAGCCGCAGCACCGGCCUGUUUUCUCUUUUUUAAGCACUCAUAUUUAAAUCAUUGCUAUAGUAACUAAGGUUAAUUAUAUAGAAAUAUAAGAACUUACAGUUCCAUGAUAGGCUCCAUUUGCUAAAAUUUUUCUAUUGUAGCUCAUAGAAUUAUGGCCUGGGAGGACUUGGGAAGACAGCUUGAUACAGUGCUGGGUUUUUCUGUCCAAUUAUAUACAAUAAUAAUUAUUCUUGCAGUGUAAGCUGAUCCUAGCCAGGUGCCGAUAUAUGAAACUUUUAUAGUUGUCUCAUUUUGGAGCAUCUAGGGCUUUCUGCUUUAUUUUUCCUUUGUGCAUGGAGAAGGUGAUGAUUGAGAAGACAUGGCAGUUUACAUCUGUAACAACGUAUUUAAUAUUCAGAAUUUUGCAUUUUUACACUUUAGCAAUCACUGUCAUAGAAUUCCCACAUUUCCUUUGUAGUAGGUGAAGCUGGAGGCUGCCUGGCCCAGCUGGUUUUCCAUGAUGACGCUGCUGAUGGGCUGCGUGAAGGCCCAGCAGUCCUAUAGUCAGGGAUUGUGUUUUGAACCCAGCCGAGGGACCUGUCUGCCGCCUCAGGGAAUCUUCCCCAGCAGAAUCUCGGAUGGUGACACAGAAGUGAAAUCUAUUGUCUUUGUUCCUCACCAUUUCCUUUUAUUCUAUUUUUGUUAUGGUUUGUUUUUAUUUUUUCCUUUUCCCUUUAAAUGGUUCUGCUAUUUUGUAAACAGCUACUGAUCUGAAGGAGGAUCUUAGAAGAAAGAAGUUAGUUCUUCAAAUACAGAUGUUCUGUUAAAGAAAAUGUGAAAAAUGGAGGGCUGAGAAUGGCUUUUUAUUCUUAGGUGCAGUAAAGAUUCCCAAUACUGUUAACUUGUGUACUUAACUCUUUUGAGGCAACAUUUUGAUUUUUUCAAAUAUCUGGUUAUUUAACAAAAUUAUUUGUUAUCCACUGUAUAUGUGAAAAGCUUAUUUAGGUGUGAUGUAGCUAAAUGCUUUUUUUGUUAAAAUAUCUAAUUAGUCAAGCCUACUCUGCUUGUACAGAAUUUGGGUUUCAUCCAAAGAAAGGAGUUGUUUUGUUAUUUUUUGGCUUAAUAUGUUGAAAUAAACUAUUUCAUAGCUACAUAA